ACCUGUGGGCGUGGUUUACUGGAAUGAGGCGGGGCUUUAGCUUUUUGAGUACGUAGACAAUCUGGAGUUCUUCCCAGUCCAUGGAACAGCGAGGCGGCGCGAGAGACGAGUAAAUAAAAACAAUUAAAAGCGAAUAAACAACCAGACAAGAUGGUGGCUAAACAGAGAAUCCGCAUGGCGAACGAGAAACACAGUAAGAACAUCACGCAGCGCGGGAACGUGGCCAAGUCAAUGAGGAACUUGGAAGACGUAAAAGGUGUGGGGCCCUGGCUUCUAGCUCUCUUCAUCUUUGUUGUCUGUGGAUCAGCCAUCUUCCAGAUCAUCCAGAGCAUCCGGAUGGGCAUGUAGAGUUGUCACCACCAGGGGGCAGAGCCGCAUCACCACAGGCAUCUCCAUCUUCCUGUCCUGAAGCAAAGUGACUUAAACCUUUCUGAACUCUACCUGCUGCAAUCCCCACUUCCACACAAACUUGCCCCUCCCACUCAUUAGAGCCCGCCCCCAAGCAGAGUUAUCUGUAACCAACAUUCCGACUUUCUCCGUGUUUGUGUCCUUCACCCUGUGCCUUUCUUUAUUUACUCGAGCAUUAGCUCCACCUCCUCUGGGUACGCGUUAUCAGUCUGGUGGUUGAAAGUCCACCAACAUGUAAACUGUCCCUGUUCCUCCCAGCUGAUCCACUCUGUCUCUUCCUCGUGGACCUGACAGGAAGUGACCUUUUGAAUCAGAAGGCGUUAAGGUGCCGACAAGUUAGGCUGCACCGUGUGCAGGCCUCGCCUGAACAUUCCUGUUUGCUCAAUAAAUUCAUUUAAAACAUG